AUGGAUCCGAAUAUUUCCAAUACACUGUGUUCGUUGUUUAGAAUUGCGACAAUCGUUGCGACAGUGGAAAAUGUGCUUGCGAUUGUUACCGAAAUUAUCCCCAAACUCGAUGAGGUGUUUGCGCAGUGUCCGCCGCAGUCCACCGAACGUGUUGUGCAGAUUAAAGGGCCACCGCAGAAAGUGAUAGAGUGCUUGAACCACAUCAUCGAAAUACUCAAAGAGAUUCCAAUCAAAGGACCAACAAAACCGUACGAGUCGAUGUUUUAUGAUCCGAGCUACUCGGCUGAUUACGGUGGCUACCCGCCGGAUCGUAAUUACCGUGGCCCGAUGGUCCGAGGAGCUGCAGCAAUGGCGGCUGCGGCAGCUGGCUAUGGGAAUAUGCCGUUUGGACGAAAUCUGGGUCAGCCGAUUGUUGGUCGUGGUCCUCUUUCGGAUGUUGCUGUACCAUUCAUGGGCCAUGAAGAGAGCACCCAGGUAAUCAGAUUUCACACUUUUUUUUUUGCUUUGAGAGAUCUAAUUGCGACAAUCGUUGCGACAGUGGAAAAUGUGCUUGCGAUUGUUACCGAAAUUAUUCCCAAACUCGAUGAGGUGUUUGCGCAGUGUCCGCCGCAGUCCACCGAACGUGUUGUGCAGAUUAAAGGGCCACCGCAGAAAGUGAUAGAGUGCUUGAACCACAUCAUCGAAAUACUCAAAGAGAUUCCAAUCAAAGGACCAACAAAACCGUACGAGUCGAUGUUUUAUGAUCCGAGCUACUCGGCUGAUUACGGUGGCUACCCGCCGGAUCGUAAUUACCGUGGCCCGAUGGUCCGAGGAGCUGCAGCAAUGGCGGCUGCGGCAGCUGGCUAUGGGAAUAUGCCGUUUGGACGAAAUCUGGGUCAGCCGAUUGUUGGUCGUGGUCCUCUUUCGGAUGUUGCUGUACCAUUCAUGGGCCAUGAAGAGAGCACUCAGGUUACAAUACCGAAUGAGCUUGGUGGCACGAUAAUUGGUAAAGGUGGUGAGCGUAUUAACCGGGUGCGCGAGGAAUCGGGCGCUCAGAUUAUUGUCGGACCGCACCAGGAUUCUGGCGAACGUAUCAUUACGAUCACCGGCACUCCGGCUGCUAUCCAGACUGCACAGUACUUGCUGCAACAAUGGUAA